AUGGUGCACUAUGAGGUCAUAUCCUGCGCAGAGCUUGGGGGUGCCUUAGUUCGCGAGGGAAAAAGCCUGACCUCCCAGCAGCUCGCACGGCUUGGCAUAGGUGCCGUGGUUUCGGAACUCGAGCGUGUUGGAGAGCGCCUGCGAUUCAAGAAGGUGUCAGGCUCCGGUCCGGACAGUGGCUGGGUUAGCGCAAAGCUGCUUAGCAAGUGCGAUGCUGGCAAGGCAGUGCCUGCGAAGUUCCAGGGCAAGAGUCUGGUGGCCCAAGCAGAGGCGAAGAUCCUGGACAAAGGUGUCCCGCAGUCCUUGAAGGAUGCUGGCAAGGAUGGAGCUGGCCGCGUUCUGGCUUCAUUGGCUUACCUAGCGGAUGGCAAAACCUCUCCGGCAGCCGAAGCCGCCAAGGAAGCCCAGAGCGUGCUGAAAGGCAACAAGGAAGGCGAAGCCUCUGCCACCUUGGCCCUGGCCCUGGCCAUGCUGGAUACGGAGCCCAAAGUGGCUUUGGGACACGCGACAGCAGCUCUGAGCACCUUCAAAGAGGUCGGUGACAAGCAGAUGGAAGCUUCGACGUUGACAGCCAUGGCCAAUGCCCGACUCUCUCUGAAGGAGCUCAGUGUCGGAGAGGCGGCAGUGAAGGAUGCCUUGCGGCUCUUCCGUGAGCUUGGUGACACAGAUGGCGAAGAGGCAGCUCAGAUUACGCUCUUGGAUCUCGUGUGUGCGAAAGAGGGCCCAGUUGCUGGCGCUGCCACGGUCAGCAAGGAGCGCCUUGCCUAUUGCAAGAGCAAGGGUGAUAAGCUUGGGGAGGGCAAGGCAUUGCAGAAGCUUGCGGAGCAACUCAUGAGCAGCGCCAAAGACGAGGCAGCGAAGUGCGCAAGGGAGGCCGCAGCGCUCUUCGUGCAGGCUGGCGACAAGAAGGCGCAGGCCUCUGCUCUUCAAACAGCAGCGUUGGCCCAGAGCGCCGACGGAGCCGCUGCAGCCGAGGAGGCGCUUCAGAUCAGCAAGUCUAUCGGUGACGAAGCGGGCCAGGUGGACUUGCUGAUCGCCCUCAGUGCAGUGCUGCGUGGAGAGGCCUCGCUGGCGCGGGCGCAGGAGGCGCAGGCCUUGGCCAAAAAGCUCGGAGACAGGUCCGGCGAAGGACGAGCGAAACAUGCUGCUGCUGUUGCCAGUCUGACGCUGGAGAAGCGUGCAGAGGCGUUGGGGCUUGCAAAGGAAGCUGCCAGCAUCUUAAGCGAGGAGAAGAACAUCAUCUCGCAAGCAUGCGCGCUGAGAACAGCGGCCUCCGCGGCCGACGGUGCAGAAGCAUGUGACCUGCUCCGCGAGGCCGUUUCGCUCUUGGCGGGCAGUGGUGAUCAGGCAGCCGAGGCUGCCGCCAAGCUUCAGCUCGCAGGGUCGCUUCUGGCGUUUGAAGGUCCUCUCGUAAGCAUCUUCGAAAACCGGAAGGAAGCUGCUGCAGUGGCCGAGCAAGCUCGGGUGGCUUUUCUGCUUCUGGGAGACAAGAGGAACCAGGGUCGCGCAUCACACCUCGCUGCCCAAAGCAAGAUUCUGCUGGAUGACUUGGACGGAGGUGUCGAAGCUGCCAUGCAGGCCGCCGUUCUGGGGCGCAGCUGUGCCGACCGGUGGCUGGAGGCUUGUGCCAUGCGCACAGCCGUUGCCGGACAGGUCUCCAAGGGCUGCCAUGCUGAGGCAUUGCGAAUGGCCAAAGAGGUCAAAACUCUCUUUCACCGAAUUGGGUCUCCGCAAAUCGAGGAAGCCAUGGAUUCCCUCGUCCAACAGCUCGAAGAGGUGCUGCCAAAGAUCCAUCCGAACCCUCGUGUGGCUGUUUUGCCCAAAGAUUCAAGCAUCAACCUCCAGCAGAACUCAAUCUUCACCCAAGCGACAAAUUGCAUUGUGUGGUCUCUUCCCGUGGCUCAGAUGAGCUACAUUAUGUACUGUGUUGAGCUCCUGAAGUUUGUCGAUGACCUCAAAGCCAUCCCGGACCGCAUCGCCUUUCUGGUGCUGACGCGCGGUGUCAUGGGGCGGCACACCGGAGAGAUGGUGCCUUCGCAGUACACAGGUGUGCUUGGAACCACUGUCUGGGCAAUCUGCCGGACAAUUCGGUUGGAGUCUCCGAAGCUGCUCGUGGCCACUGUCGAUGUCCCGAGCUCUGCCACCGUGCACGAGAUGACAGACUGCAUUCGAGCUGCACAAAUCGACUCGGGUCCCAGAAACGAGAUAUCCUUCAUCGUCGAUCGCAACAAUCAGCUAGGCUGGGUGCCUCGCAUUGGAGUUCUGAUUCAAGCGAGCUUUCCGUGGCGGCUCCAUCAGGAAAGAGACCUUACUAAAUGGGCAGCUUCUUCGAGCCUGGUGCAUCAUGAGUUGCAUACUUCUUCGGUGGAAAAGAGCAGCUGUGUGCCUGCUGAGUUUAUACAGCAAGCAGGGCUGGACGAGUUGAUCUGUGGAGGGAACAUCGCCUUGUGGAGCAGAAGCACGGGCGAGUAG